AGCCCAGGGUGGUAGUGGGGCUCACCUAUCUUGCUCUCUUCUUUCCUUCUUCCCCCUCUCUGUGAUUACAGCUCCAAUGGCCCCCAAAAAGCCAGAGCCCAAGAAGGAUGAAGCCAAGGCGGCUGCCCCCAAAGCAGCUCCAGCCCCCGCGGCUGCACCUGCUGCUGCACCUGCCGCUGCACCAGAGCCUGAGCGCCCCAAGGAAGCAGAGUUUGAUGCCUCCAAGAUUAAGAUCGAGUUCACGCCUGAACAGAUUGAAGAGUUCAAGGAGGCCUUCCUGCUGUUUGACCGCACCCCCAAGGGCGAGAUGAAGAUCACGUACGGGCAGUGUGGGGAUGUCCUGCGGGCUCUGGGUCAGAAUCCUACCCAGGCGGAGGUGCUCCGUGUCCUGGGGAAGCCAAAACAGGAAGGUAAUACACCCUGCCCAUUUGUGCCAGUCCCAAGGGAGAUUGUCAGGGUGGGCGGCCACCAGAUAUCAUGGGACCCUCACUGGCCUUCCCUAUCUCCUCCUGCUCUUGGGAUGCGGAUGUGGCACUGGCUACCAGACAGUGAUAAGUGAUAGGAGCCAAUCAGA